AUGGUGAUCAACGCCAACCUCGAAGACAAGACCCUUACGACCCAGCAGCUUCAGACCCUCAACGAACAUGGUGCCGUGUGGCUUGUCCUGCAGCAGGUAACGGAAGCCCUUGAUCUUGGGCCAAGCAUCCCCAGCGACCUCCUUGACACGUUCGAUAUAUCUCUCCAAGACCUCCGGACCGCUUGGGAUCGGGGCCCAUGGGACGAUACCAAGACACAGCUUGGCGUCCUCAGCGGAGGCGCCAUCGCCCUCCUCUGGCUGGCCCAAGGCAAUACGCUUCAAUCGCUCGACCUCCUGCAGGGGAAACUCCCACCCAGAGCCAUCGGCGGCACCGGCCUCGAGGUCAUACUUGAAAUCGGUCUCGACAAACACAAAUCCCAGCAGCGACGGGGAAGAUUUGGCAGCUUCUUUGAACUGCUCAACUGA